GAAGGAGCUGGGAGGGACUGUGGGUGAGGUUUACUUGGAUCCAAAUCCACUGGCGCAACAAAUGAUUAGAGACAGAAAGAUCUGGAAAGACAACUAUAACGUGACUAAACGCUUACUGAGAAGAGCAGGAGGAAACAAAGCAGUCCUGUUACGACUCUCUUUUGUUUAUUUUAAACUGAUUUGUGUACUUUUGGUUUGUGGUAUUUUUUCUGUGGAGCUUGGAAAAUCUCAGGAGGGGUCUGAUUAUCACUGAUAGGGUAUUUCAGAUACAGAUAUAUUGAGGUUCUGACUGCAGCAGCAGCAAAGUUUUCGUGCUGCAUUAUUUAAAGAAGUCCUGGAAAUGUCAGGCAGAGUGCUGCCUAUCCUUUUCUUUUGUAUCUGUCUGAAUGUUGGUUCAGUUUUGAGCCAGGGAUCUUCCCAGGAUGCCUUCAUACUCCAGUACCUGGAGAGGAGACUGGCUCUGUUGGAGGAGCGUCUGAAUGCAUGUGAACAAAGCACAGUGAGUGUCACCCAGAAGACCUAUGACCUCUCCUCUGAUAUCAGGGGUUAUGUUUCUACUCUUAAUGUUCUGAGAUCAGAGAUGAAGAGUCAGGUGGACAGUGUGUCUGUUCGUGUAGACCGAGUGGAGAGAGAGCUGGAGUAUCUUGAAAAUAAGAUUCCCACCCAGUCUGAUAUUCAGAUGGAAGAGGCACUGCUGGAACAACAGAUAGAGGCUGCAGAGCUGGACCAGCUGCAAAAGAAAGCCAGGAUCAAAGUAGAAAAGGACUGCCACACAACCCUAAGUCAAAUCAAGUCUCUCAAGAUUGUAAAGAAGGCAGGAGAUACCAAUGGCUGCUGGUUCAAGGACCCCUCUGAAGGAUCAGUGAAGGUCUACCUGCUCAGUGGACUUCGCAACAGGACGCUGCUGGAAUAUCCUUCUCUCCACAGUUUCACAGAAAGAAACACCACACAGCCAGCCAGGGUUCUGAAGCUACCUUUUCCCUGGCAGGGGACAGGUCAUGUGGUCUACAAAGGAUUCCUCUACUACCACAAGGCAGAUACACCAAACCAGAUAUUGAAGGUAGACCUACUUAAUGGUACGGCGGUGGACAGCACACUGCUACCAGGAGCAGGUCGUUUACCAGUUUACAGUCUUAACCCAAACACCUACCUUGACAUGGCUGUGGAUGAACUUGGACUGUGGGUAAUCCAUGCUGACCCUGAGUAUGGAGGAAACCUUGUCAUUACCAAACUGGAUAAAGGAACUUUAGCUGUGGAGUACACCUGGGACACACAAUGUAGAAGCCGUGACGCUGAAGGAGCCUUUCUAAUUUGUGGAGCCCUCUAUGUGGUAUACAACACACGCUAUGGAGGACGUUCCACCAUACAGUGUCUCUAUGACAUCCAUGACACCAUCCACAGUGAUGAGAGUCCUGUGAUGUUCUUCCCAAAGCGCUACACAAGUCACAGCAGCAUCCACUACCACCCUGGAGAGAAACAGCUGUAUGCUUGGGACGAUGGAUACCAAACAAUAUAUAAAGUAGAAACAGGAAAAUAGUUUAAUUACUGUUAUCUCUUCAAAAAAAAAAGUGUAUCCUUUAGAAGCAUGGAGGUUUCAUGAGAAGCUUAUUUUCCACUGUGGUUUAGUAUAGUAAGCCUUUGCUGGCAACGGAUGCAGCAUCUACACUGUAAUUCAUGAUAGACACAAGCUCAUGUCCAACCAAAGGCAUUUCAUUUAUCAUGUAGGCUUUAUGCUUUGAAUCAGCACAAUAAAGAACAUUAAAAAAUCA